AUGAGUGACCCCCAAAAGGGAGUUUUUCACGCAUCUGGAGUGGCCCAUACACCAGAGACAAGUUCAAUCACCCCUCUGAGCCCCAUUUCGCCAUAUCAGGAGCAAACCGGUGUUCUGGCAGAGACACUCCAACUCAAUGACACUACAGAUAUCUCUUCUGGAGCUGAGCAGGGUCCACUUCUGUCUCCAGGCAGUUCCAUCGAGGAUGUCACUGUGCGUUUGGAAGAAACCUUGCAGCGUCAGAUGGGCACUACCGUGACAGAUGACAACCAUGUCGAUGACAGGGUACCUUCGGCCUUGAUCUCACGAGACAUCGAGUUGACCACGACAAUGGAUCUCCUGACAGCUGGCGAAGUACCUUUGCAACCGUCGGUUUUGUUCUUUGUUGAGGCAGUGGAGUGCCCCUGGAUUACACCUUACGACGGUGUGAACUGGGAGAAAGUGAAGAUUGAGGUGGCCGACGUUGGCAUGUCUAACAAGUCUGUCGGCCUGGCGAUUAUGGCUAUUUCUGCGCUUUACAAGGCACAGCUAAAUAAUCUGCCCAUGUCCAAGGCCUUGUCCCUAUACCACCGUUCGAGAGCUUGGUACCAGAAGCAUUUGAGCAAUCAAAGCCAGGAUUUUGGUACCAUCUUAAUCAUCACAAUCCUUCUAUGUCUGUUCGAGACUAUUCACUACGAGACUGCUCCGGUCCUGCGAGAGCUGCAUGACAUCUUUGUUGGGAGGCUGGAGUCUUGGGCGCAACAAAACCCACCUCACUCGGAGCAGUCUCUGAGAAUUAUCGCGUGGCUGAGGUUACUUCAUACGGCGACGAUCCGUGGAGGUGGCCGGGGUAUCAUUCCAGACAGCAUUGUCACGGGAUUGCGAUACUUUGAUGGAGGAGUGUCUAAUCUCAGUUUACCUUCGAGCCAUCAAUCAGAUAUGUCGACUCAUGUAUAUGAGAUGCUGAGUGCUCCAAUUUUCAAGUUUUACUAUCAACUCCAAGUCAUCUCGGGGGAGAUUUGCAAACUCACGCACUAUCACCGAUCUCGCACUACGGCCGUUGAUCAAGACGAGGUGGCCCAGCAACUGACACAGGUCAGAUUACGACUGCAUCUUCUCUGGGAGAGUCGCCCAGCCACUCAACGCCAGACGCCUGAAGAACUACGCUCCCAUCUUGGCCUCAAGAUCGCGGACCCUCUUACGACACUCAUUGGAGCCUGUACGGCCGCAUACCAUGCCGAGUUCAUUGAGAUGGGCCGUGUCCUGGGCGAUCCAGUGUCCAAAUCGACGGAAACGAAGCAAGCGAUGCGCCAGAUCCGAGGAUUCGUCGACGGUGAUUGGAACGCAUAUGACGGAAGCAAGCUCAAUUCUGGCUAUCUCCGUCCCCUGUUUCUGUAUGCCAUCGAGUGUAUGGAUCCCGAGGAGAACCGGUGGGCCGUGGAAAGGCUUAGGCACGUUCAGAAUCCCGUCUGCCGAAGCGAUUUCUGGGCCUCAUUUGGCGAAGCCCUCUUCCAUGCCCAGCUUCAGAAGGAGAGGCGGGUCACUUCAAAAUACUUUUGUACGUGGUAUUUUGGAGUACCGCCGCCCUUUAUCUAA